AUGUACUUUAAAACCUUUUAUGAAAAUUUUAAAGAUGAAUUUACUUACUUAAGAAAAGAAGAUGAUAUAUUACCUGAUAUGAUAACAUGUGAAAAACCCAAUACAAUGGAAAAUGAUACAAUAAUUAGAAGAAUUCCUGAUACUAUAUUAAAAAGAGUAGAAAAACAAAAUAUAGAAUACACAAAAAAAUAUAAUAUAGAUAUAAAAUUAGAAAAAUUAAGAGAAUUAUUUAAAAAUGCAGAUAAACAUACAUAUGAAAUGCUAAAAUGUAAAUUAGAUGAAAAAUAUUGGAAUUUUCUAUUAUCUUAUCAUAUUAAUAAGGAUGUAAAGAUUACAAGAAAUUUAUUUUUAUUUAAUGAACUUUAUUUUUACCGCUACUUAAGUUAUGCUUAUGAUUUUGAAAAUAGCAAUUAUGAUUUUUUCGAAACUGAAAAAAAUGAUGCUAUAAAUUGUAACAAAAGUAUAAUAGAAGAAAUAUGCACCUGCACAAAAAGUUUAAUUGAAUUGUAUAAUAAAAAGCCAGAUAAAAAAAUAUUUUCUAUUUUUUUUUAUUUUUCCUUAUGGUCUAAUCAAUUUGAUUUAAGUUGGAAUCCAACGAAAAAUAAAAAUGAACAGCACGAUAUAAAUGAAAAAGACAUAAAGAAAAAAAUAUUAAGAGAAAAAAAAUUUUAUUUUUGUACAGAAAAUGUUGAUAAAUUGUAUAAUAGUUUUUAUUUAGAAAACAUAUUAUGCAAUGAUAUAGAUAAUAUUCAUAAAGAUAUAACUACACAAAAAAGAAAGAGGUUUGAUAUUGUUUUGGAUAACAUGGGUGUAGAAUUAAUAACAGAUUUGUGCCUUUUAUAUUUUUUAACAAUUUAUUUUGAUGAAGUAACUAUUCAUGUUAAAAAGUUCCCAUUAUAUGUAUCAGACACUAUGAUUAAAGAUAUUCAUUACUCUCUAAAUAUUUUGUGUAGCGAUGACAAAUAUCCUAAUACAGUUUUCAUGGCUAAUAAAUGGAAGCAGUUGAUAGAAACUAAAAAAUGGAAUAUAAGGGAUGAUAUAUAUUGGAAUAUACCAUUACCAUAUUGGGUAAUGUCUAAAAGUUUGUUAGAAGAAUUAAAAAAAAGUUGUUUUGUUUGCUUUAAAGGUGAUGCAAAUUAUAGGAGAUGUUUAGGAGAUUUAAAUUUCGAUUUUUCAUUGUCUCAUAAAGAUGUUUUUAGUUAUUUUCCUUUCAAAGUCAUCGCAUUAAGAUGCUUAAAAUCAUCAUUAGGAUGUGGUAUUGAUAAAAAUAUUGUUAAAGAACUAAAUAAAAGUAGCGAAGAUUGGAGUAACUAUGGAGAAUAUGCCGUUUUGCAGUAUUUUUCGCCAGAAUAG